UCCAUUUCACGGUCAAAAUUCGUAUUUCUAACUGAACAAACAUGGGUACAUGUCUAGGAAAGCAUAGAAAAAAGCGGAACAGUGUAUGUCCGUCGGGCACAGAAGGAGAUUUACGUAAAAACUCCGCCAGGUGUAAGGCACCAGAAGAUAUGAUAAAAGAGCUGGAGGAUGCAAACGCCGAGGAUUCCAAAAUAGCAACUGCUGGUGUAUCAUUCACAUUAGACUUCCGGGAUGGGGAUCCUACCAGGAUGCCAUCUAGACUAGCAGACAGACUUGACGGAGCUAUUACACCUCCCGAGGACGACAACGAGGUAAAAUACACAUCUGAGGAACGACAACUAUUGGCAGAGCUUUUACGAAAUGAUGUUUUGCGCGAGAAGAAAGAAAAGGCCGCAAAACACUCCGGAGCCCGGUUUUAAACAGUGCCUUUGAAGUAGUAAAUCGAUUCGGAUGCUGAAAUUUCACAUUGGAUCUUUACGACACUUGCAUACUCAAUCUGUCAUUGUUUUACUAUUGAGAUAUAAAAUAAAAAAGAAAAACAUCCAA